UUUGGAUACAAAGUCAGCCGCAACCGAUGACAGCUCAGUCCACUGAAUGGAACAUUUUCGUGGGGAAAAAUACUUUGAUUUCGAGUGGAAAAUGGUUAACUGAGUGACCCCAAGGGGCACAAACCUCGUAGAAUAGCUCGCAUUAAAUCGAGGGAUAUGAUGUUGUAACACUGUAAAAACAAGGUGGACUCAGAGGGACACAUUCACACGCCCAUGCGACGAGGAUUUCGGAUGGAAUAUAGUACGUACAAUUAACUGCGGGUGUCACGCUAAAACCGAUGGACCAAGUAUUUUGUUUUUGAAUAUUCAUAGCAGCGGAACCGGAGUUACUGGAUUAUAAAUUGUGUUGCUUUCAGUGUCGUUAUUAUGCUUAAUAUUAUUACAGUGAAGAUGGUGGAUUGUUCUUCCACGGACUUCUCGAUAGCCAAAGGAAACUCAUCAUCGAAGAAGAUUUAAUCGUCCGUUUUCUUCGCGUCAUGAAUUUUGACUUCGCAAGAUCAACACAGCACUAUUAUAAACGCCACACGUUGUUUUGCCACGGGGAGCUCCGUUAGUUAUGAGGAUAUGAGUGUCCAGGAAGGUAUAUGCUUGCAUGCAUGUGAAUAGCUAUGUGGAUCGGAAGAGGAGGAUAGGGUAGGUUUCUCUGUUCCACCAAAAUGAAUGGAUGAUGACUAUUUUACCACUGCGAAUAAUGUUAUCGAGCAGAUAUGCAACAAAAAUCGUAGAGAAAUUUUCUGCAUCUGUUCGCGAUAAUAAUUUGAGCUUUAUGGGCGCAGCCGUGAACAGCCAGAAUAGCAAAACAUCUUAAAGGAAAGGGACAGGUUAUGGUUUCACCGUUUCAUUGCCAUUUAUCUCGCGCUGUUUAAACGGGUAAACAUACCCAGGAUUAGGGUAUUCAUUCUGACUACUGUGUAAUCUAUCCUCCGUGAACAUUUUUAUUAAAAUGACAAAGUACAACCGUAAUAUAUGACCUCCGAAUAAUUAUUAUACGUUCAUUCAUAGAGGCCUAAUACAAAAUGAACGGGCACCUAAUUAUUAUGUGUCCUAUGUAAUUGCACUUUGUAAAAUGGAAGAGUGAUUUUCUUAACCACUAUUUAUGGGUAUUAAAUGGGCUUAUGCGUUAGCAGUGUGCGGGAUUAACUCAAGGCAGCGACCAACAAGGGCAAUAACGCUCGGCUUACGUGUCUGAGGUUUUUUCCGUAUAAUAUUUUUAACCAUUAAGCGAAAUUCCGUGCUUGGUUACUGAUUGACUGUCAGCCUGUUAUCCCGCUUAAGGAGUUUAACUAAAUUGAGAGUGUCGGGCUUAUGUCAGCUACAGAUAAUGUAGUGUUCGCCAACGUGAACCGAUCAUUUUGUACCUAGUUGUAACUAAUUAUUAAGCAAAUCGAGAUGUAUUCAUUUCUUCAAUUGAAUAAUAUAAGGGUUUAUUAUAACCGGAUUUAAUUUAAUUUCUGGCUUGUCUUAUACCUAUAGCAAUAGGUGCUGGUUUUAUACAUUCCGAGACAUGGACUUGUCAUUUCUUAGACCGUAUUAAUCGUGGUUAAUAAACAAUUUAUCUAUGAAUCAUGAAAGAAAUCGUCUUACAAUCGGAAGCGAUCACCGUUUUUGUUUUCAACUCCGAUUAUGCAGCACCCCAUAUUCGAGACUGUUGUGAUGCAAUACAACGCAGCGGUCUCCGGAAAGACUAAAGAUCACCGUAGGUGUCUUUGAAGAGCUAUACGCUACAAAGGCCUGCCUUCUGCAGGCCUGCUGUCAUAUGAGAUUAAUCAGCUACAAGUAUUCAAAUCAAAGGCACCAUCAUAAAAGGCUGAACGUAAGUGCCCUAAAGAGAUUCUUUGGGAAUAUAUAUUAACUACAAACAAGAUGCUUAAAUAACUUAAAGUGAGGUCUGUGACCACCUGACAUAUGCUCCUGGAAGAGCAGGAUGGAAAAGCGUGAACUUUCUGUGCACUGUUUUCUCGUGAGUCACAGAUUUACAGUUAGCUCAUCUCCUAAGAAACCCCCCCCCCUUCAGAAAAUGCCAGCUAUAAUAAAUUAUAACAUAUCAAGGAUGCGGCAGUGACAAAUCUGACGAUCCUAACUUCUUUGAGCAUCCCAGUGCCAUGGGACAGUAGCAUAGCAGCAUAGCAGCGAUUUCUCACCUCUCAUGAAGAAAGGCUGGAUUCAGUCAAUGGGCCCUACAUGGAUUUUGUGCCUGUGCUGAAAAACAAUCUGUGCCAGCUGUUGAACCCACACCGGUAACCUGCAGGCUACCAUGGACCCGUAUGCAAGAAUGAACGCCGGUGCUGCCCCCUUGCCUUGUACCAACUGUGGGUGCUGCCUGCAGGCUUCUUCCUCCGGUCCCCCGGCAGAAGGUCAGCCCCCUUGUGCCGGGCCGGCUGAGAAUGGCAGCAGCUGGGAUUCCUCCACCGUGUCCUCGUCAGGCUCACCUGACCCCCACCUCCACCACCAAGGAGGCGCCGACCCCUUCUGGACGGCGGUGUUUGACUACGAGGCGACAGCCGACGAGGAGCUCACGUUGCGGCGUGGAGAUCUGCUGGAAGUACUCUCCAAAGAUUCCAAGGUGUCUGGGGAUGAGGGCUGGUGGACGGGUAAGAUCCAGGACAAGGUGGGCAUCUUCCCCAGCAACUACGUGACCCGUCGAGAUUCCAGCUACUCCCAGCUUUCGGGUAGUUUGGUGGCAGGUGGCGAGAGCCCCCUUGAGAUAGACUUUGCGGAACUUCAUCUGGAAGAAGUGAUUGGCGCUGGUGGCUUUGGUAAAGUCUACAAGGGCAUCUGGCGGGGUGAGGAGGUGGCGGUCAAGGCGGCUCGCCAGGACCCGGAUGAAGACAUCAGCGCCACGGCCGAGAGCGUGCGCCAGGAGGCCCGUCUCUUCUGGAUGAUACGACACCCCAACAUUAUCGCUCUACGCGGCGUCUGCCUGCGGGAACCCAACCUGUGCCUGGUGAUGGAGUACGCCAGAGGAGGUGCCCUCAAUCGGGCGCUGGCUGGGAAGAAGGUGCCGCCACGGGUUCUGGUCAACUGGGCCGUGCAGAUUGCCACAGGCAUGGACUACCUGCACAACCAGGCGAUAGUACCCAUCAUCCACAGGGACCUCAAAUCCAGCAAUAUAUUAAUUCUGGAACAAAUGGAGAGGGAUGACUUGUUUGGCAAGACUCUGAAGAUCACAGACUUUGGAUUGGCACGGGAGUGGCACUGCACCACCAAGAUGAGCGCAGCGGGCACCUAUGCCUGGAUGGCCCCCGAGGUCAUCAAACUGUCCCUGUUCUCCAAGAGCAGUGAUGUCUGGAGUUUUGGGGUGCUGCUAUGGGAGCUGCUGACAGGGGAGGUUCCUUACCGGGAAAUCGAUGCCCUCGCAGUAGCCUAUGGAGUAGCUAUGAGUAAGCUAACCCUACCCAUCCCCUCCACCUGUCCAGAGCCAUUUGUUCACCUCCUGGAAGAGUGCUGGAGCCCCGUCCCUCACAGCCGGCCUUCCUUCAGCAGCAUCUUGUCUCAGCUGCAGGCCAUCGAGCAGUCGGCCAUGUUCCAGAUGCCGCUUGAGUCCUUCCACUCGCUACAAGAGGACUGGAGGCUGGAGAUCCAGCAGAUGUUCGAUGAGCUGCGGGCCAAGGAGAAGGAGCUCCGGUCCUGGGAGGAGGCGCUGGCGCGAGCGGCUGAGGAGCAGCGUGAGCAGGAGGAGGUGCUCCGACGGCGCGAGCAGGAGCUGGCCGAGCGGGAGAUCGACAUCGUGGAGCGUGAGCUGAACAUCAUCAUCCACCAGAUGUACCAGGAGAAGCCGCAGGUCAAGAAGCGGAAGGGCCACUUCAAGAAGAGCCGCCUACUGAAGAUGGGCCGUGAUGGCAACCGCAUCAGUCUGCCCUCUGGAUUUGAGCACAAAAUCACAGUACAGGCCUCUCCCAGUGUAGACAAGAGGAAAACUCAAGGCUCUGAGAGCACUACCCCUCCAGCCAGCCCUGGAGUCAUUCCCCGCCUAAGAGCCAUACGCUUGACGCCCAGCGACGGGAGCAAGACCUGGGGCCGCAGCGCCGUGUGUAAGAAGGAGGACCUGACGGUGCACAAGAAGAAGGGCCGGACCUGGGGCCCAAGCUCCACCCACCAGAGGGAGCGGCCUGGCGGGGAGGACAGGUUGAAGUCUCUGGGGGAGGGAUGCAAGCAGUGGUCCUCCAGUGCCCCCAAUCUGGGCAAGUCCCCGAAACAUGUCCCCAUGUGUGCCGCCUUCUCCAGCCUCAACGAAAUGGAGGAGCAUUGCGAAUCCCAGGACUCCUCCAUGUCCCUGGAGGCCGACAGUAACGGGGGUGUGGAGGACGGAGGCCCCUCCUGGGUGGGGGUGGGCCCAACUGCAUGGGGGGGGCCGGACCUGUCCCGCCGCUGCAGCCAGCGCAAGAAGAGCGACAUUUUGCUGCUGGGCUGUGCGUCCGUGCUGGCCUCCGUGGCGCUGGGGCACGACCUGCUGCAGCUGGGCAGGACGCAGGUGUCUCAGGACGAGCAGGACCUGCGUGAGGAGCAGCGCAGGAAGAAGGAGGGACUGUUUCAGCGGGCGGGCCGCUUCCGGCGCAGCACGUCGCCGCCGAGCCGCACGCUGUCGCUGUCGCACGGGCGGGGGCACGACUCCAUCCUACCCAGCUUGGAUGCGUCGCCCUCCGUCACGCUGCUCUCGCUGUCCUCGCUGUCCGACUGCAACUCCACCAAGUCGCUGCUGCCCUCGGACCCCGACGACCCGCCGCAGGCCACGCCCAUCAGACCCUCACCGCCCGUCCUGGCCCCCGCUCUCAACCCCCUGCUGGACCUGCGGGCGGAGAGCUUCAAGCGCGAGCCCAAUCAGUCGCUGACGCCCACACACGUGUCAGCCGCCUUGGUGCACAGCCGCGGGCAUCGCCGCACGCCCUCCGACGGCGCCAUCCGGCCGCGCACGCAGACACUGGGCCACCGCCGCACCCCCUCAGAUGGCAGCGCGCCGCUGCCCCCUCUCAUCUCCCCCACACAGAAGACUGGCUCUCAGGAAACCCUGGAAAUACCCCGGCUGCCCGAUCCCUCCACCCUGUUCCCCGUGGCUCCUCGCCGCAAGGCUCCGCCCCCCCUGACGCUGGACCAAGAGGACACGGGCGCCCCCGAGAGGCCCAAGACGCUUGAGUUUGCGCCGCGGCCACGCCCCACGCCGGCGCGGCCCCGCAUGGACCCCCGGAAGCUGCCGUCACUAUCCCGUACGCUGAGCUCCUCGCCAGGCAGCAGCUGCGACAGCCCGCUGGGCUCGGGGGACAGCAGCGUGGGCGGAGCCAAGCCGUCCCUGCUGGACAUGGACAUGGAGGGACAGAGCCAGGACAGCACCGUGCCGCUGUGUGGCCAGCAGGCGGGCAUCAACCUGUGCGGGCAGCACCUCUCCUAGCGCACCAGCAUCCUCACUCUCACGCCACCCCACCCACCGCCACCCCAAGCACUACAUAGGGUUGGGGGGCUGUCAGAGUGAUUGGGGGAGCGUAGAUCAGGGGAUCUCCUUGGACACAAUGCCAGUCCUUUACAGCAGUGUUUCCCAAUCUGGUCCUCAGGGACCCCAAAGACGGUCCAUGUUUUUGCUCCUUCACCACUCAUUUUUGCUCCCUCUCAGCUUCCCAACCAGCAAUAACAUGUACUGUCUGGGGGUCCCCAAGAACCGGUUUGGGAACCUUUGCUUCACACGCACACAUACUACGAGCAAUUCACCUAAAUGCAUGUCUUUGGAAUUCAGGAGAAAACUAGAAUAGCCAGAGAAAAGCAUCACAUCACAGGAAGAACAUGCAACCACCGCUUUACUGAGCCAGCGAGCCACAACAUAUCACCCCAAACUACCCCAUUUUACUUUCUGUUCUAGAUACUUUCCAAAUGCGUGUGAUCCAGCAGCCAUUCAUAAAAGUCCGAGCCGUCGUGCUACUGUAGCCCGUACUCAGCAGAUGUAGUUCUGUGUCAUGACGUCAACAUGACACAGUUCUUGUGCAGUGGAAAUGGCUUUAAAUGUAAGGUGGGAUUAAAACCUCAUUCGUGGCCCUGACUCUGCGGCUGGCCUGAGCUUUUCAAUCUUGGCGAUGCAGGUCAGGUGAGGUGGAAGGUCCCACUGCAGCACAAUAAGGGGAGGAUGAGGAGAAGCAAACAGAGGGAAACAAAAGGGUGUAUCCCUCAGAACAGGACGUUGCUACGGGCGGCAAACAGCUCUCACUCGUUCAGCUCGCACUACCUGUUCUGCACUGCAAAUCAGGCAUUCCUGUUGGACGACAAAGCCAGGCCGGGCCUUUCCCUUUGAUCUCCGGACUCAAUCAGUCAGCGAAAAGUAAACAAAAAUACAGUGGGAAGAGAUAGAGAGAUGGACGAACAAAACAAACUAAACAAACGUGCCCGCUUUCGUCUUGUAGUACUGCAAACGCAGAAGUGAAGGAUGCCGUGAGCUUUUCCCGCUGUCCGCACAGGAGUGUGCAUCUCGUACCUCACGCCAUCGACAGAGCAAAGAAACUAUUUAUUACGUACCAGUAGCUGUGUUGUUGAACUGGCAUUUUUUUUUGUUGUUUUUCCUGUUUUUUUAAAAAGAUACAUUACUGAGUAGCAGACAUACAAUGUACAGCAUCUCUUUGAAAUGUAUAUGUUUUUUUAUUUUUCACAACUGUGUUGAUUUUAGGUAGCUAAAUCGAAUUGAUUACAUUUCUCCCUGACUGAGAACAUUCAGAAUAUUUAUUAUAAUUAUUGUUAUUAUUAAAAUGAUUUAAUUAAUUAUUGUUCUCAUUAACCUUUCCCCAGGGAUUAUCUGUAUAUAUUUGUGUGUAUAUAUAUGUAAAUAUAUAUAAAGCAAAACAACCAACAAACCAAGCUACUACCUUUGUUGGACAAUUGACAGAUGUUCCGUUAUGAAGCGCAUGGAUCCAUGCUUCUGAAGUUUGAGGCUAAAUGAUGUCAUUGAGUGCAGCUGUCUGAUCAUAAAUGAAUGAUUAGCCUACUUGUCAAGGUGUGAAUAAAUGACCAUGGACCACUGA